GCUAUGGCUACAGGACAGGUGCUAUUUCAACGUUUUUUUUAUACCAAGUCUUUUGUGAAGCAUUCCAUGGAGCAUGUGUCAAUGGCCUGUGUUCAUCUGGCAUCCAAAAUUGAAGAAGCACCAAGGCGCAUAAGGGAUGUAAUUAAUGUGUUCCAUCGCCUUAGACAUCUACGGGAAAAAAAAAAACCGGUGCCUCUUAUACUGGAUCAAGAAUAUGUGAACUUGAAGAACCAAAUUAUUAAGGCAGAAAGAAGAGUGUUAAAGGAGUUGGGAUUUUGUGUUCAUGUGAAGCACCCUCAUAAGAUAAUCGUUAUGUACCUUCAGGUAUUAGAAUGUGAACGUAACCAACACCUGGUCCAGACUUCAUGGAAUUACAUGAAUGAUAGCCUGAGAACAGAUGUCUUUGUAAGAUUCCAGCCAGAAAGCAUUGCCUGUGCAUGUAUUUACCUUGCAGCCAGGACGCUGGAGAUUCCACUUCCUAAUCGUCCACACUGGUUUUUACUCUUUGGAGCAACAGAGGAAGAGAUACAAGAAAUCUGCUUAAAAAUUUUGCAACUCUAUACUCGGAAAAAGGUUGAUUUAUCUGAUCUGGAAAGUAAAGUGGAAAAGAAGAAAUUGGCUAUCGAAGAGGCAAAAGCACAAGCUAAAGGUCUGGUACCUGAGGGAGCCCCAAGUUUGGAUAACACAUCAGGAUUUUCCCCUGCACCGAAAAAUGGUAAGCUUGUUUUCCUAGAGUCUCCAAAAGAGGUUAAAGGAAAUAAACCUUCACCGCUACCUGUUCAGGCAAUGAAGAAUGCUAAAAGGAAAAUGGAGGGAGCAAAAAGAACGAGUUCAAACAGCCCAGUAAACGGCGUUCAGAAAGGAAGAGAAAGCAGAAGUCGAAGUGGAAGUAGAGAUCAAAGUUACUCAAGAUCUCCAUCCAGAUCCGCGUCCCCCAAGCACAGGAAAAGUGAAAGUUACUCCACAUCAAGCGGUUCGAAGUCCCACAGCCGCUCGAGGAGCCGCAGUGACUCUCCUCCAAGACAGUUCAACCACAGUUCUAGCUACAAAGGUUCCAAGGUGAGAAGUUACAAGAAAUCAAAAGACUACAAAUACUCAACACACAAACCACGGAAAUCGCGCAGCAGGAGUUCGUCGCGUUCCAGGAGCCGAUCCCGGGAGCGCUCUGACCAUUCGGGGAAGUACAAGAAGAAGAGUCACUACUACAGAAAUCACAGGCAUGAGCGUUCGCGCUCCUAUGAGCGAGCAAGUCAUCGCUAUGACCGAGACCAUCCUGGCCACAGUAGGCAUAGGCGAUGAAUAAAGCAAAAAGUUCUUUCCUUUGGAAUUUAAGCAGUGGAGCUCUUCCCCAUUUGGUCUUUGCAGUAUAGGGUUAACCUGGCUUGUAAACCACCUAGCUUGAGUAA